AUGUUCCGGGUCCACACUCCGAACCACUUGGUGGCGGUAAUGCGCCAUAACGUUGUUUGCUAACCGCCAUGAAGAACUGCGAGGCGGACGAUUUGACAGACUGUUGAGUGGUGAAUUAAGAUGGCAGCAGAAGAGGAGAUCCAGCGGCUGAGAAGCCAGCUGAAGGAGAGGGAGGAGCAGGUCCACCAAGCUGCCCAAGCUGGUUUGGAUCUCCUCAACCAGCAGAUGGAGCUGCAGAACAGACUGGACGAACAGAGAGUGGAGAUGACCAACGCUCUCGAGGUCCUCGAGCAAGACAAGUACUCCCUGCAGAAGGAAGUGGAGCUGAAGACUCGAAUGCUUGAGUCACUUCAGUCAGACUACGAGUGUGUGAAGAACCAGCAGAGACGGCAGCUUCAAGAACAGGAAGAACAUCUGGAGAGGAGCCACAGCACGGCGCUCAAUGAGCUCAACAACAAGAUUCUCAGGUUGCAGUCGGCUCUGGAGGAAUCCCAGCUGAAUGAGAAACAGCUCAAACACAAACUUGAGGUGCAGACCGAGACUCUGAAUAACAAGAUGGAGGAGUUACGAGCUCUGAACGAGCACACCCAGAGCUCCAUGACAUCUGAGAUGAUGGAGGUGCAGAUGAAGAUUAUGGAGCUGGAGAACAUGAAGGUGGAGCUGGAGCAGGCGGUGCAGGAGUCUCAGUACAGAGAGCAGCAGCUGGAGCUGAGCAACAGCAGCCUGCAGCGCCACCUGGAGCGAAUCACAGAGGAGAAGGAGGAGAGGGAGAAGGAGGCUGUUUCCUGGUUUAAUGCAUUGGAGAAAUCUCGUGAGGCUAACCGGGACCUCCAGAUCCAGCUGGAUCAGAUUCUGCAGCAGGCCCAGGAUCCCAACAGCAGAGGGAACUCCCUAUUUGCUGAGCUGGAGGAUAAGCGUGCUGAGAUGGAGAAACAGCUCAUCAGCAUGAAGGUCCAGUAUCAGUCACUGCAGAAACAACACGCCUUCAGCAAACAGCAGCUGCAGCGCAUGAAGGUCCAGAUAGCCACUCUCAUGCAGCUUCAGGGUUCCAGGGCUGAUCCUGCUCAGCUGGAGAGGCUCCAGUCCAUGUUGUCUGAGAAGAACGGAGAGAUCCAAAAUCUGAUGACGAAACUGCAGAGGCUGGAGAAGGUGGAGAUGAUGUUGAAGUCUCAGCCAGCUAAUCCUGCUCCAGCGGAAAGCAGUGACGGCCAUGAUGAAACUUACUACACUGACCUGCUCAAAAUGAAGCUGAACAACACUGUUAAGGAUGCGGAGCGUCUGGGAGAUGAGCUUUCCCUGCAGAGGAUGAAAUCUUUGUCAGAGAGUCAGAGAGCUUUGGAGCUGGAGAGGAAACUUUUCUCGUCUGAACGGCUGCUCAAACAGGCUCAGAGUGACAAGAUCAAACUGCAGCUGCGAGUGGAGGAGCUCCAACACAAAUAUGAACCAAAAGAAGCAAGAAAGAAUCUGAUCCAGAAGAGAAAGAAGGAGAAGCUUCCUGUCGAGGUCGUACCCUCCUCCGAGCAGACUCUUGACGAGGGCGAGCAGGCUGUUGCCGUGGAGACAGACAUCACAGAUGCUCAGACUGCAGACCCUGAGGCACACACCUGUCUUUCAGCUGAGGCAGUGAGCUCCACCCGAGGCGGGGACGUCGGAGAACCUGAGCCGCGGCCUCCCAAGUGUGUGAAGAUUAGUGGAGAUGAGCCUGUUGUGAUUCCCAGCCUGAGCUCUCCUGUGACUGACUGCAAAGCAAUGGAGGAGAACCAGCAGCAGAACAAGAGAGAGGAGAGAAGGAAGAAAAGAACGGUGGAGAUGAUCCAUGUGAGCUCCAACAGCAGCAUGGAGAAUCAGUGUGCUCAGCAGUAGGACUCCUGAACACCUGCUGCCACAAACAUGGCUGUAUAUGUGUGCAUGCUGAGAUCUUCUGACUUUGAUUUUCUGUGUUGUUGUUGUUGUUGUUUUUCUUUCAUUCAAAUAUUUCAGUUUUUACUUUUUUCCACUGGCUUCACUGGAUUUGCUCUUUACUGUCAUAAUCUUUAAUGUUAGAGUAUUAAAAACGCUGUAACAUACAGUAUUCAGUGUUGAGUUUAUUGAUCACGGUGCCGCAUUUAUCGUGAUCCAUUAGUGUGACUUGCAGUAAAUAAAAAAUAUUUCAACUUCA